UCAUUCCACUCUUCUUGUUUGCAUGGUUUCUGAAGAGAGAAGUCUGAUGUAAUUCUAUUCUUGCUUUACCAUAGGUGCGUCGGUCACCGUCUCGGCGGUAAGGAACGGCGCCCGGACUAGCGCGGGAACGUGGGUGCCGGAGUCCCGCCCUCCCCUCCGGCAGGUGCACAGUCGUGUGAUAUCCUUCCUGGAUACCUCCUGCUCCUCUGACCUAUUGCAGCUCUGGUAUUUUAGCAACAAUCCACCAGCUUGACCCUUGAGCAAAACCCAUGGAAGCCAUUGAUGGAAGCCACAGGGCUGAAACUUUCUUUGCAUCUAAUAAAGCUCUUGAAAAGUACAACAAGUUGAAAGUGAACCAGCUUGCUCUCGGGCAGGACCAGAGCCAUGAGCAAUAACGGAACAGACCUCACCACUGGUUUCAUCUCCUCUAUUGCAGCCAUCCUUUUGUUUGGCUCAAACUUUGUACCACUUAAAAAAUAUGAGACUGGCGAUGGAAUGUUUCUCCAGUGGGUACUUUGUGCUGCCAUAUGGUUGGUUGCCUUGGUGGUCAAUCUGAUAUUACAUUGCCCUAAGUUUUGGCCUUUUGCAAUGGUUGGGGGCUGCAUUUGGGCAACAGGAAACAUUGCGGUUGUCCCAAUUAUCAAAACCAUCGGUUUGGGCCUUGGAAUCUUAAUCUGGGGAUCAUUUAAUACCUUAAUCGGCUGGGCAAGCUCAAGGUUUGGCUGGUUUGGAAUGGAUGCAGAAGAGGUGUCAAAACCACUGCUCAAUUACAUCGGAGCUGGGCUGUCAGUAGUAAGUGCUUUCAUAUUUUUGUUCAUCAAAAGCAAAAUACCAAAUAACACAUAUUCUGUGGACACCACACCAUUAAUAACAGAACAUGUGAUUAACAAAACUCAAGAUCUUGAUCCUGAUUAUUCCUGGGUGGAUAAACUUUCUACAGUGCAAAACCGCUUAGUGGGCUGCAGUCUCGCAGUAAUAUCUGGAAUACUCUAUGGAUCUACAUUUGUGCCAAUCAUUUACAUCAAGGACCACAGCAAGAGAAAUGAUAGUAUAUAUGCAGGGGCAAGUCAGAACGAUUUAGACUACGUUUUUGCACACUUCAGCGGCAUCUUCCUCACAAGUACGGUCUACUUUCUGGCCUACUGUAUAGCCAUGAAAAAUAAUCCUAAACUAUAUCCCAAAGCAGUCUUGCCAGGAUUCCUGUCUGGAAUACUCUGGGCCAUUGCUACCUGCUGUUGGUUCAUAGCGAACCACUCCCUCAGCGCUGUGGUCAGUUUUCCAAUCAUCACUGCUGGUCCAGGAUUUAUAGCUGCAAUGUGGGGUGUCUUCAUGUUUAAGGAAAUACAGGGUCGACAAAACUACCUGCUGAUGAUACUUGCAUUUUGCAUCAUCUUGGCUGGAGCUUUAUGCACAGCUUUUUCUAAAAUCUAACAACCACAAGGCCAGCAGAUGGCAGCAGUGCUUGAGAACACGCGUCUCCUGGACACAGAGACUGUGCUGAGAACAGGGUUCACGUUCAUACGGCAAAUGGAUCUCCAUCCAUCCCGGAUUAGGGUAGAUGAUUUUUUUUUUCCCCACAAAUGUGAGAAUGAAGGAAAACACUUUCAGUCGAGCAUAAAAAUGAGAAAUUCUUCUAAUGAACUUAUUUAUGAAGAAUUACAUCUAAGGAUGCUGCUUUAACCACAAUUAUGUAUUUACUUGUGCAUAAUCUAGAAAACAGUGUGGAUUUCGUAUGCAAAGAACUUGGUAUAUGUCCAGAUUUCCAACAUAUGAACCUCAUUAGUGAAGAUAGGCAUAAAAAUGUUUGGGGUGGGGGAGGAGUGGGAAGAAGACUUAUAGUGGCAUUAGAAUCCAAAGAUAUCUGGGGCCUUUGCGAGAAAAAGUAAAUGUCAGAGUUGGUAACAGAAUGUGAAAAGGGCCAUUUCAUUAUCUUUAGCCCAGACUUAUUUUUACCUCCGAUUAAUGUUGCCCACUUCUCCAUCACCCACCUGACUUAGCUCAAAAUGCCUUUUGAUUAUCUCCAGAUAAAAUCCAUCCUCAGAGAACAAAAGCUUCCACCACUGAGAAUAUGUGUGUAACACAUAUACAUACAUAAACAAGUACACACAUGAAUACACACGCAUAUAUGUAUGUACUGCUCCAAAUUGGGGGGAGAUUCUAGAAUUGGUGAAGUGAGAUUCUAGCUUAUCGGAGUGAGAAUUUUAAGGGACCAACACACUCCUUUAGAUGUACAAUUUAAUUUUUUUUUUCUGAAAUAUACUUUUCUAAAAUCCCUCUUGUAACCGGUGGUUUUCUUCCUGUUUUAACUGGCAGUUUCCACUAGGUAAAAGAAAAUCACAGAAAAUGAUAGUGUUCUUUAAGAAAACUGAAAUGGAGUUGGUAGUACAAUGUUUAUCACAGUGGUUCCCAAACUCUCAAAAUAAUCGAAUUAAAAAACCUGGAAGAGUGCAGUGUCAGUUUCACCCACUCCCUCUCCUAGAAGCACUUUACUUUGCCGCUAGGACAGGCAGAAAGUGUGUGUGACUCCCUAGCUAAUCUGUAUGGGUUCAAAUCCCGCCUCUGCUUCAUCUUAACUGUGUGACUUUGGAUAAAGGUCCUGCACCCCCUGUAUCAGAUUCCUCAUCUGUAAACUGGAGAUAAUGGUAACAUCCAUCUCACAUGGUUAUUGGGAAGUUCAAAUUAGUGAAAAUCUGUAAAGUAUUUUCAUGAGUGUCUGGCGCUUGGCAAAUAUAUAAUUCUUUUUUUUAAAUUCAUUUUUGGCUGCAUUGGG